UGGCUGUCAGUUCGCGAGUGUAUGUGAGAGUGACUGAGGGAACUCUGAGCUCCGGCCAUUGGGAAAGACCGUGGUAAUUGCACUUUUACCGGAACUGGGACCAACAUGUCUAAAGACGCAGGCGGAGGGCAGAUGAAUUCAAACCUAAAAACCUCUCUUUCUGAAUGUAUGGAGGCCCUUGACUUAUUUCUAAGCAACAACUUCCAGGAGGCAUUGGACCAGCUUCGGGCAAAGUCAAAAGACAGCAUGUACCAUGCCCUUACCUAUGCCACUAUGUUGGAAAUGCAGGCGAUGAUGACCUUUGAUCCACAGGACAUACUGAAUGCUGGGAACACCAUGAAGGAGGCUCAGGCAGUUUGUCAGAGGUAUAGAAGGAAAUCCACGGUGGUAGACUCUUUCAACAGCUUAGUCCAUAAACAGAGUCUUGAUCAGUUCACUGAAGAGGAGAUCCACGCAGAAGUGUGUUAUGCAGAGUGCCUACUUCAGAGAGCGGCGCUAACUUUUCUGCAGGACGAGAAUAUGGUCAGUUUUAUUAAAGGAGGAAUCAAGGUCAGGAACAGCUAUCAGACAUACAAAGAGCUUCACAGCCUGCAGCAAUGUGCAAACUAUGCCAAAGGAGAGAGUCAUUGUCACUUUGAAGGUGGAGUGAAGCUGGGCGUAGGAGCUUUUAACCUGACCAUCUCUAUGUUGCCUACAAGAAUUUUACGGCUACUAGAAUUUGUUGGAUUUUCAGGAAAUAAGGAUUAUGGGUUGUCACAACUGCAGGAGGGAACCACAGUGCACAGUUUCCGGGCCCUACUCUGCACCCUUCUGCUCCUGUGUUAUCACACUUUCCUGAGGUUUGUGCUUGGGACAGGCAGUGGAAACAUUGAGGAAGCAGAAAAGCUCUUGGAACCAUAUCUAAAGCGAUACCCAAAGGGAGCAAUAUUUCUGUUUUUUGCUGGAAGAAUUGAGGAAAUUAAAGGCAACAUUGAUGAGGCCAUAAGCAGAUUCGAGGAGUGCUGUGAGUCCCAGCAGAAUUGGAAGCAGUUUCACCAUAUGUGCUACUGGCAGCUGAUGUGGUGUUUCACAUACAAGCAGCACUGGAAAAUGGCAUAUUUCUAUGCUGAUCUCCUUAGUAAGGAGAAUUCCUGGUCUAAGGCCACAUACAUGUACAUGAAAGCCGCCUACCUCAGCAUGUUUGCAGAAGACGACUGUAAACCAUUUGGGGAUGAUGAAGUACAGAUCUUCAGACUUGUCCCAAGUUUAAAACUCAAGAUAGCUGGAAAAUCUCUUCCCACUGAGAAAUUUGCAAUUCGAAAAUCCCGAAGAUAUCUUGCACAGAAACUUGUGCCGCUACCAGUUCCUCCAUUGGAAAUGAUGUAUAUUUGGAAUGGCUAUGCAGUGAUUGGAAAGCAUCAAGAUUUGACGGAAGCAAUGCUGCAAACACUGGUCCGGGCUGAGAAAUCUUUGGAAGGAGUCACAGCCUCUGAAUUCUUGAUAGAUGAUCGGUGUGUGGUCAAGCUGCUGAAAGGCCUUUGCUACAAAUAUCUGGGCCGAAUCCCAGAGGCAGUGGAGAGUUUCAGCUACAUACAACUCAAUGAGAAAAGGAUUAAAUACGACCAUUACCUCGUUCCCAAUGCCAUGCUGGAGCUGGCUCUUCUGUAUCUUCAGUUGGAAAAGAAGGAGGAGGCCCUUCGACUUCUGGAAAAUGCCAAGAACAACUACAAGAAUUACUCCAUGGAAUCCCGCACACAUUUCAGGAUUCAGGAUGCCCUGCAACAAGCAAAAUCUCUCCCACAAAAUGGCUGCUGAUGAAUGCUGUUAAUGUGUCCCCGUCUUAUUUAUUUCACACCCAAAGAAGAUAGCUGUGUUUAGCGGACAUCUCUAGAGGAAUUCCACACCUGCAAAGCAAGAAACAAUUAAUGACUUGCCUUCAGGAAGAUGCUGCUUGGCAGGUUCCGUCAUAAACGUACUAAUAGGGCAGUGGGACAGGCUUCACACUGCUAGGAGGAGGGCAACACUAAUUGGUUGCACCUUCGUCUAUACAGACUACUAUAAAACCUUUUUUUACUGGCUGUGUAAUCACUACAAAGAUCUACAGGGAUUUAGAGAUUCCAGGAACUCUUAAAUACUACAAGAUCAAUAACUUUACAGCAUAUGUUGGGUGUGAGUGCCUCGUUGCACUUUAAGAGAA